AUGGUCAUGGGGGUCUCACUGACAUCCCCAGCCCUGGGACGCUGGUUGUGCCAUGUGAUUCCUUUAGCUAUCUUCACGUUGUUAUUUCUUUACACCGGUGUGAGGCUCUUCCAUGAGUGGCCUCACUCGGCUAGGAGAACCCAGCAGUCCGGCCUUUGGGAACUCGAGCCCCCUUCUCCUUCCCCAGUCCUCACCGCCUUGCUUCGGUUCACUUCGGGUGUCCUGACAGGGUGCAGGCCCGGGGUGCAGGCCUGCAAUCCAGAGGGACCACUACCUUCCCAGAUCCUUCCGGAGUUGAUACCCCUGGUGGUGCCGGAGAAGGAAGAGCCUCCCUGUCUGGGGCCUCAAGGGGUGCUGGGUUGCAUGGUGAGCCCCUUCUUGGCCUGUAUGAGCCCGGAAGGGGAUGUGGAGUUGUCUCAGUACCUGGCAGGAUGGAGGGAACUACUCAGGUUUCUAACCCCCCUUGGCUCUGUCUUCGCCUUCGCCACCAGCGAAGCCUUCAUCAAGGUGACCGCCCUCGAGGCUCGCGUGCACGGCCCGGAUGCUUCGCACUACACGUCGCUGGCGACUAUGGCGACAUGGGAGCGGCAAGCAGGACUACUGGAGCUGCCCGGGACCGAGGCCCGGAACCCAGCCAGGGCCUCGGGCUCUCGAACGCUGCUUUUGCUGCACCGCGCGCUGCGCUGGUCCCAGCUCUGCCUCCACAGGGUGGCGACAGGGACGCUCGGAGGUCCGGACGCGGGCGUGCAGUGCGGAGACGCCUACAGCACCGCCCUGGCCGAGCACCACCCCUGGCUCAUCCGUCAGGCCGCACGCCUGGCCAUCCUCGCCCUCCCUAGUCGCGGCCGCUUGCUCCAGCUGGCGUGUCCCGGAACCGGAGAGGCGGACGCGCGGGUGGCCCUGGCCCGGGCCGCCCGAGUGCUGGAGGACGUCUACAACCGUACCCAAGCCCUGCUGGCCGGCCACGGCCUGCUCCAGCUGGCUCUAUGACCGCGGUGUCUGGGAACUAACCAGGAAGGCAUUGCUGUGGGGAGGGAUCUACGCACCCAGGGUCACCAAGGAGCCGGCGGCCUGGGGAGCCGUCCUCCUUCGUGAUGUCACCACAGUUAAGGCCCAGCCCCUAGCAGGGCAGAGUACGUGGUGUCAGACCCUCUCAUCUUCAGCCUCUCGAAACUUGAAGAAGCAAUGAAUGGGGAAUAAAGAAUU